UGCACCAACUUCAUAUUCAUCACUCUUCCGCUUUCCUCGGCCUGUUGCAUUCCGUUUUUCUCAAUCAUCACUGGAAGAACGUCUACAGUCAUUGUCUUUUCGACAGCUAUCACAGAAACCCCUUCCUCAUCAGUGAUGGUCCAUCUCAGUUGAUUCUCGAAUUCCCCAGUCUACAAUAACCACGACAUAUCCCGAUAGCCGUUCUACGAGCCGCGACUGCCAGAACACAGAUUGAUCAAGCUGGGGCGGAGUAUCUCUUUUGUGCUGCUGUCGCUGCUAGGUCUACGUUAUGAGGGUGCGACUGCGUGGCGCGUAUGUGGCCCUCCGGAUGGCUUAUGUAGCGUUGACGGCGAACAGAAGCAGUCCAGCGCUCCCGUUCUUUCCCCACGUUGCCGCCGCGCACAGUUUGCUAUCUUCGGAGAGAGAGAAACGAUGGCGUUGCUUGGGGAAUAGAAAUUAUAGCAACGCCCUGCUCAGUGGUAUUCUGGACCAACCGUUGGAUAUGGAACGCGACAAACCUUCCAUGAAGAGCAAGAGCGAGCCAGACGACGUCGAGCGGAUGAUGGAGAAUGGGACAGGCGGCAAAAUUCCUGACCAGAGUUACAGGAUGGAAAUUCUCCGCCUGCUUAAUGACAAGAAAAGGUUUCCCGACCCCGUUGAUGCUAGUUACCCCGUUGCCCGUAACGACAAUGAGCCCAGCGACGAACCUGAUUUCGAUUCUCUACAGUCCUGGGAACAGAAUAUGGAAUGGACUGAGCCUGACGAUGCAGAUUUUGAUCCGGAAGAAUUGGAUCCGGAAUCGCAAGUGGGUCGGGACAGCGAAUCAUCUUCACCAUACACGGACACGGAACCUGAAAAUGGGUUAAUAUCACAAUUUCAGGAGAACGAUUGGCAGACACACGAAGAGAGAUAUCCAUAUUCCACCUACGCAGAGAGUUUGGUGACCCCCUUUGGUGUUUCCGAACUGCUACUGUCAGAAGUGAGGGUCAAGACAAUCAACGAAUUUCGGGCACCUGCCAAAGGAAGUUUGGAACUUACUCCGGGAGAGGUCUCAGAUCAAAACAGAAAGUUGGUUAAAAACAUUCGAAAAAACAUGAGGCGAAGCUAUGUGCCGUCCGAUUUUUAUAUGGAAUUCUUCCGACGGCUGGAUAUAGCCUACCCCGAAUACGUCGGUGCGAAUGACACUACAAAGGUGGCGCUUGACAGCGUAUAUGAGAUCUACAUGAAAUUCCCGACCCCGCGACCGCUUCAAAUCCGAUAUCAAGACCACGAAAGGUUGCUGAUAGCCUUCACGAGUGGCCCGAAAUAUCGCAUAGAAACAAAGUUGCAGUUUCAGCAGAUUCUUGCCGAUAUGGCAGAGUGCGGCAUGCCGAUUUCUUUUUGGGAAAAGUACGCGAACCUCGCGUACAUUGCAUACGCGGGGCCGUAUACGAGAACAGCGUGGGAGUCGGUAACUGAAGCGAUCGAGGAGUUUCAAGAGCUGGACAAGCAAGGAGCCAUCCAUCUCGAUCCGACCCCGUACAACAUCGUUAUGAGUGCGGCGAUCGAUUGCGGGGAGUACUCGGUCUUCCACCGGAUAGCGUCGGAGAUGAAGGCGAGGAAGGUUACAGCGGACCGCUAUACGUACGUGAACCUGAUUACGUACUUUGGCAGGAUCAAGGACAAGGAUUCGGCGAUGGCGGUGUACAACCGGUUUGUGCAAGACAACGAAAUCACAGACUCGAUCGUGUUGAGCGCGCUGCAGGCCUGUCUUGUGCGGUGCCGCGACAUUAGGGGCGCGAGAAGUAUGCUGAAUUUCAUCGAGGCGCGCACGACUCCGCGCGACCGGCUGUACGGGUACGAAAAGUCUGAGCGGCGGGAGCGCGUUAUUGCAAACAAUUUGAGGAAAAUAGCAUCGAACCGCCAGUCGAGGAAGAAGUUUGAGGAGUAUAUCCUGGACCCGGAAGAGACAGUCAGAGUGAUUCCGACGCGAGACCUUUAUAAUCCGCUGCUAAACUAUUACGCUAUGAAGGGACAUAUAAAAGAUGUCUGCGAGCUUAUGGAUCGUAUGGAAUCAUACCACCUGUCAAUGACACAGGCCUACAUUCUUCUGUUCAAGGGGUUCUAUCAUCACGGAGGCCUUCCAUAUUCCGAAUGGUCUGCGGAAAGCCUGCGCGCUAUCUUUGAGCGGAUGCUUCAGACCGAGGACAUGUGGACUCUCACUCGCCGACUAGCGAUAUGGAUAUUGCGCGCGUUCUACGUCGUCACGUCCGACAUUGACGAGGUCCGCAGAGUGUUUGAGCUACUGAUGGAACGGUUCGUCGCAAGUGGCGGAUCGUUAGACACGGUCAGCACGAAGGUGGUGCGGGUGGUUGAAGUUGAGGCGCCAAUGUACAUGAAAUCGCUGAAGAAAGCGAGAGCAGAGGGGAGGUACAAGCCGCCGGUCGUGCAUCCGCGUUUCAGGGCUAGUGUUUGAUCGCAUUAUAUCUAACUGUGCUUGUUGUUGAUGUGUGUUUAUAUUUGUGGACGAGCUGCAUUUGACUUGGGACUGGUUUUGUUUAUACUCGCGCGCUUGACGUGUCACAUUUAUUAUUGUAUAUACAGUUUGUACAUAGACCUUUUUAAUCAUUAUCAAGAU